CACAAUGACUUAACCAGCUCACCGUUCAUCGUAACUACCCACAUAAAACAAUAUGUUUUUUUUAUGAAUAUGUAGUUUUUUCAUUUUUUAAGAGGAGGGUCGUUUUUUCAUUCAGUAAACCAUUAACUUACUGUUUUACACGCGGACAGUUUUGCCUCCGCACAUUUUUGCGUCACAAGGUUCUGAUAAAAAUAAAAAAAAAUGACUUUUGAACUCCAUGUAAACUUCAGUGGUGUCAAUUAAUUAGGUAGUGGUAACUAACUAGUCAAGAAAAAUGUCCAAAUUCUCCAUCCGAUGAACAUCUGUUAAUCCCAAAAAUAACUUGCAAGUUGUAACCAUGUAACCCCGAAACUAGACACCACAAAAUACGCACAACUUCAUUAUAAAAACCUACCAACACUCGUCACGAAAUCCAUCACAAAAUACAACGAAACACGAACACAAAACGAUUUACCAAUCGAUCAAUCGAGAUCACAAGAACAAUCGCCAUACCAUGGCAGCCACGAUCAGAUUUUGCUUACUAGUAUCGCUGUUUGCCUCCAUAACUCUCACUACCACCGUCCAAGCUCACGUAUUCGACGUCACCAAGUACGGCGGAUCUCCCAAUUCCGACAUCACCCAGGCGUUCUUGAAAGCCUUCGCCGAUGCCUGCGCCUCCCCGAUCGCAGCCUUCGUCGUGAUCCCCGACGGGACGUACCAGAUCGGCGUCGUCAACGUGAAAGGGCCGUGCAAAGCCCCCGUCGAAAUCCAGCUGCAGGGAAUCCUAAAGGCGCCGGUCAACACCCCCGGCGACGCCUGGUUCACUUUCGGCUACAUCGACCACUUCUCCAUCACCGGCUGCGGCACCUUCGACGGCAUGGGGAGCGCCAUAUACGGUAAAAGCAAAUCCAAGACCGUGAACAUCAGGUUCAACUACAUCACCAACGGGAAGGUGGAAGGGAUCACCAGCAAAGACAGCAAGCAGUUCCACAUCAACGUCCUGGGUUGCAAGAACCUCAUCUUCUGCAAGAUGACGAUCAUCGCGCCGGCGGACAGCCCCAACACCGACGGCAUCCACAUCGGCCGGUCCAGCGACAUCCAGGUCCUCGACACCAAGAUCGCCACGGGCGACGACUGCAUCUCCAUCGGCGAUGGGCUCCAGCACCUGACCGUCGAGCGGGUCACUUGUGGGCCGGGCCACGGCAUCAGCGUGGGGAGUUUGGGCCGGUACCCGAACGAGGCCCCGGUCCAGGGAAUUUGGGUCAGGCAGUGCACGUUCAAGGGCACCGACAACGGCGUCAGGAUCAAGUCGUGGCCCGAUAUGGAGCCAUGUGAAGUGUCCGACGUGCAUUUCGACGACAUCACUAUGGAUAACGUGUGUAACCCUAUCAUCAUUGAUCAGGUUUACUGCCCCUCCAAUGAGUGCAAGUCCAAGGGACCGUCGAAGGUGACGAUUAGAGAUGUGAGCUUCAAGAACAUCAAGGGUACCGUGAGGGGAGACGAUGCGAUCAUGAUCAGCUGCAGCCCGGCGCAUCCGUGUGCGAACCUGUGCAUGUCGAACAUUGAUCUUACAUCGCCUACAGGGAAGGCCAAAGCGACGUGCCUCAACGUGAAACCGAUCAUUACCGGCACGAUGAACCCUGCUGGGUGUUAGAAGAUUGCAGUCAUGAGGAACGUCGACACAAGAUUUCAGUAGAAGCCACAUGAAAUGGUUUAAUAUGUAUGGUCCUCUCCUAUAUAAGAAAAAAAAAAAGAAGCUGGUAUGAUGGACGAGCACCGGUGACAAAAAAAAAGAUGAUGUUUUUUGUUUUUGUUUUUAAAUUUCUGGUUGUGUUCACUCUUUGAUUUGUUACGGAGAUUUGCUUGUAAGUCUCCCGAGUGCGCCUAUACUAUAUUCGUUGAUGAAAGAAUUGCGGCUUAUAAUUGAAAGUUUCUCUUUAGCUGGAUGUCAUUUUCUUGGUUAAUAAGUAGAUGCGGGAAAUGAAUUAAAUUCAUCAUUUAGUCAGUGAAUUAUUCGAGAAUUAGUGAAUCGAGUAAACAGAUUGAGUUUAAUAAAAAAAUAAUUUAUAAACGGGCUAGUUUUAUUCAAGUUAUCACCUUUAUUAAUAAGCGCAUACCAUAUUUUGUGGUCCAUAAAAGUUUAAUGUGUACGUGGUGGGUGGGUGGGGUCAUUAACCUGCAAAACCACCCGAUAUAUUACACUAGUUAAUUUACAUUUUACAAUAAUGUAAUUCGUUUACUUAAAAACGUCGAUUGUGAUUGGUUUAUUUAAAUGAUAUUGAUUUUUGAUAAAUUUUGCUCGACUAAUUAUGACACAAAUCAUACAUCGAUUAAUGAAAACAUACGAUGAUAACAGUCCGUGAAAAAGUUUUUUUGUACACAAAUCAUGCAAUAACCUAUGGUCAGAUAAUUUUCUAUUUUGUUUAUCUUUAUAGCUUUCGUUAAAAUUGAAUAAGCUUGUUGUAAGCUUUUUCCAACAAUUAUCUUAUUAUGCGGAACAAAAUUAAUCCAUCAAAAAUCCGUUUCUUGUAAAUUGAAGAUGACAAUUCUAUACUAACGUGUAAAACCAGAAUAUAUAUAUGUACAAGUUGCCAAGUUGCCACUCCCAUCCAAAGAAACCAAACAGAAUAGUACUUAUGCUGAAUGGACGAUGGAGGGUGCAUGUCGCACAGUAUUUUUAUAUACUACUGCUCUUUUCAUAAACAACAACAAUAGAAGAAGAAGAAGAAGAAGAAGAAGUCAAUUCCUUGGGCCUGUUACGGCCAAUGAUCGAUCCAUGUAAAAAAGGCUCAAAAGAGAGGAAAGCUGUUGGCCUACAGCCUGCAUGAUCAGUACUAUAUUAAUUAUUAUUGUAGUGAAUGUGACAAAACAAAGGUUUUGGUGGUAGAGACGGUGGUUCAGCUGAUGGAUGGUAUAAGCAGCCUUACAUUUCACCAAUGCGGCAAAGGCAAAAGUCGUUCAUAUUUCUGGUACUUCCCUUCUCCUAAAAGCACAUGAAAAACUGAAAGGUACGGAAAAUGCAUGUAGUUGCCAGCUCAAUCUCUCCUGUCUCCAUCCAAGUCUUCCUCUUCUCCCCACCAUGCAUGUGGCUUUCUAGCAGCAUUCUCAUCCAAGUUGAUGUUGAUUUUUGACCUAUUUUUGCUCGUUUGUUUUACUGAUAUAUGAUAACAAGAAGCACACUAGCUCGGACGACCUAACCAUAUAUUGAAUUAAACAACUCGCAAGUGGUUGAUGUGUCAAGCUGCUGCAAUGGUAUACGUUGUGGUGUCCAGAGAUAUGACAAAUUGAAGAUAUGAUCUGGGUUUGUGAUGGGUAAAGGAUGGUUUCGACCGGUUGGAGUCUCGGGUUAAGUGGCCGACUAAUCCAUUUUUAAUUAUGAUUUACAAUGACGUGGCAUGCUGAUGUGGCGCUUUGGGACGGAGUUUUGGACGGAAUUGGACGGAUUGACCAUUUCGUUAUUCGCUCAAACCUUUCUUACCGAAACGUGCAAAAUUAAAGGAUUGUUACCGUUUUGUACAAAGCUAAUAGAAUUGUGACCAUUUA